AUGCCAUCUUCACAGCAAGUCUCGAGCACGCCAUGGCAAGACCGCCUGGCAGAGGUUUGCCGCGAAUAUCAGAUCCAAGCUCCUCAUUUUCAAAUCGUAUCAGAUCGACGCGGCGGCCGUACUGCCUGGUCUAGUAUAGUUACCGUCUACGGCAAGCGAAUCGAAGCGCGAUAUUGGUACGAUGGGAGAAACAUCACCAAUGCCAGAGAAGACGCCGCGGAGGCGGCCCUAAACUGGCUUUCGAACCAAGCGAACCUUUCAUCAAAUAGUUGGUGA